AUGGAGGCAUUCACCUUUGCGCUGUCCACUCAGGUGGAUUUGCCUGUCUUUGUUAAGAUAGAAUCGCUGGAAGGGAAACAGCAGCAGAUACCAUAUUCGCGUCUGCUCCAGAAUCCCGAACUACGAUUCCUUGGAUCAUCCCAAGAUCCUACAUCCGAUCUUUUCGUCACAGCACAAGUAUGGUCGGACUCUAAGCCCCUCGGUGUUCCCCUGCAAACAUCGUACAAAGCUUUCAAAACCACCCGAUCAUGGAAUGAAUGGUUGAAGAUGCCCAUAUCGGUCAAGGACGCCCCAAUCAAUUCUCAGUUGGCUGUGACUGUUUGGGAUCUAUCUCCUCUGGCAAGCGAUGGGCCUCAAGGUCAUGAUGUACCAUUCGGGGGAACAACGAUCAAGCUAUUUGACGAUGAAGGCAAGCUCAAAAUGGGUCGGCAGAAAUGUAAGAUCCACCGCCAUAAAGCUGCCGAUGGAUACUCAGCAACGACCACCCCGCAAACCCUCCCCCGAAGCGUCGAAAUAACAAUAAUCGUGAUGUGCUGGCUUUGUCGCGCGAAGAAAUCGAACUAG